AUGGAAAACCCUAAAACCCUAGAAACCCUAGAAGCGCAGUUCCCUGAUGACAAAACCCUAGAAGCUCAAAACCCAGAUGACAAACAUCUAGAAGGGGCUUCUUGGUCUUCUGGGCUGUUUGAUUUAGGUGAGAACUGUGCUGGGUUAGAGUCAAGUUUUGAGGUUCCUGUGGAAGAAAAUGGUGAAGGAGUUGCUGCAGAAAGGGAAGAUCUUGGGGUUGGUAAUGUGGAGCCGGUUACAGGGCUUGAUGUUGUUGAAGGAGAGAAUUUCGGUGGGAGUGAAUACGCAAUGGUUGAUAUUGAAGUGAAUGGUGUCAAUGUUUCUGGAAAUGAGGAGGUUUAUUUGGUGAAUGAUGGUAUUGAUAAGGCAGUUGAGGAGGGAAAGGGUCCUGUGGAUGAGGCAUUGGCUGAAAAGUUGGUAGAUUUGGGGUGUACUGUGAGCGAGGGAGUUGUUGUUGAGAAUACUGUGACAGAUGAGGAAUUGAAGGAAGAUGGAGUUGUUGAGGAUAAUGUGAGAGACGAGGCAUUGAAGGAAGAUGGAGUUGUUGUCGAGAAUACUUCGAGAGAUGAGGAAUUGAAGGAAGACGGAGUUGUUCUUGAGAAUACUAUGAGAGAUGAUGAAUUGAAGGAAGAUGAGCUGUUGGGACUUGAUGCUGUUGAUUCUCCUAGGAAGAUAGAUGUUUCUGGAGACAAUUUAUCAAUUUACGUGGAUCUUUCUGGUUCUCUGACUGGAGUUGAUUUUGAUGAUGUGAAUUGCUCUGGGUUUUUGGGGAGUGAAGAGUCUAAAGAAGCUGAUAAUGAGAAGGAAGUGUUCAAUUUUAAGUUUCGUGUGGGUGAUGUUGUCUGGGUUAAAACAAAAAAUCAAUCUUGGUGGCCAGGAAAAAUUUAUGAUCCGUUAGUUGUGACAAAGUAUGCUGUGCAGAGUGAUCAGAGGAACUGCUUAUUGGUUGGGUACUUGGGGAGUAGCCACAUUGCUUGGUGCUUGCCAUCUCAGUUAAAGCCUUUCCAUGAGGAUUUUGAACAGAUGGAGGUAAAAAACAAGGCUAGAAGCUUCCUUGGAGCAGUGGAGAAGGCUGUUGAUGAGUUUGGUAGGUGCCUCAGAUCAGAGAUGACUUGUUCCUGUAUUCUCAAAGAAGGUUGGCAAUCAGCUGGCAAUGGUGGUUUUCAGGAGGGAGUUUCCGUUCUAGAGUGCAGAUUUGGUGAAUUUUCAGUUACUCAGUUUGAACCAGAAAAGCUCCUUGCACAAAUUAAAGAUCUUGCGCUGUUCGUUUCCAAGCUUGGUGUACUUGAGUUAACUGUUGCAAAGAAUCGUCUGUCAUCAUUUUAUCAAUACAUAGGACAUAAGCAAUUACCUAUGAAUCAACUCUGGGAUGCAACUGCUGAUGAAGAAGGUGCUGUUGACCUGUUUGUAGCAAAAGGCAAUUCCAAGGUCUGCAGUGGAGACCCUAAUUCAACACCAUAUGGAGGGAAAUUGCAGAGCACAAAGGGUGAAAUUCUACGACAAAAGAAAAGUGAAGACCUGGCUGUGAUUUUUGGAGGGGACCUGAAUGUGAAAGAGAAUUGCAGAAGCAACACUCCUGAAGAAAAUUUUGUCUCUAAUGAUAUGACAUCAAAUUCUGGGAAGAGAAAGCGAAAGUAUUCUGAACUCAAAGUGGAAGGUCCUGAUGUCAGUCCAUUGCCGCCUCCAUUUAUGGAGGACAAAUGCCACUCGGGUUCUUCUUUAACGCUGGAGAAGAGCUCGGAAUUGAGAGAAAGGAAGAAGAGCAAGUAUUUGUCAUAUCCUUAUGUGAAUUGGGAAGUCAAAAGCUUGCCUAGUCAGGCAGAAGACCAAGGGCCUCAGGAAGUUUCUCAAGAAGCCGAAGAUGUCAAUCCAGUAGCUGGUCAAUUUAUUGGGUCCCAUUCAGUUUCUAAAUCUAGUGGCAAGAGGUUCCAGAAGAAUUGGAUCAGAAAAUUCAUAAGUGGGAAUGAUAUAUCCAAGAACCCAGAGUUGAUAAAUGCAUCUGCUAUCGAUUUGCUCUCUGAACUCUGUUUUACAGCUGUGGAUUGUCGCUACCCAAAUGAGAGUAAGAAUUUCGACUUAGUUGAGUGGUUCUUUUCAAGGUUCAGAAUAUCAGUGUAUCAUGAUGAAUCCAUUUAUGAAAUGUAUUGCAAGAAUGUGAUUGGGAGCAAUAAUGAUGCAUCGCUGGGAAAAGAUGCACAGGAGACAAAUCAGACUCAGACUCCGCCAAAUGCUAAGGCUGGGCAGAAAGCCCAGAGCAAAAAGAACUCUAGAAACUCAGCUAGGUCAAAAAUUAAAUCUCUUUCUGGUUUAUCAGAUGUGAACAUAAACAUAGCUGCAGAUGGCGUAUUCUUAAAUUCUCCCCAAGAAAUAGGCCCUCCCAAACCUAAUGGAAAACCUGAGCCUAAGAAAACACAGACGAAGCAAGGAGCAAUCCCAGCAGGUCAACAAAUCAACGUCCCCACUAGCAUACCAGACUUAAACAGCAAUGGUGCUGUGCCGAAUUUAUUGGUAGAAAAUUCAGAAAUUGUGGGCCAUGUUGCUUCUGAAGGUAAACCCAAGCCAAACAGAAGGAAAAAGAAAGUAGGCUUACUAGAAGAGAAUGGGAGUACAACUGAACCUGGCAAGCAGUUAGUGGAUUUGCAGGUGACUGGCCCAUCCUCAAUAAAUGCUAUUCCUGAGCAAAGUAACAGGGAGGGGGUUACUGCUAGUGUAAAAAGCUUGUAUGGAAACAGUUCUAUUCCAGUCAUAUUGCCACACUCAGCGGAAGGUAAGCCUGUGCCCAAAAAAAGAAAGAGAAAGGAGAAAUCAACUACUGAGCAGAGUAUGCUUGCUGCUGGCAUACCAGAUUUAAAUGGGACUACAGCUGAACCAGGCGCAUUGGCCAAACCUGAGAAGAAGAGAAGGAAAAAAGAGAAGGUACUGUGGGGCGACCAAGAAAGAAAGCCACCGCUGGGAACAUGGAUUACAAUAAAGCAGAGACCAAUGGGGAGGCUCCGGCAACUGCUCUGCUCUUGA